AUGUCAUACGCCGUCAUUCCCACACUGCCCCUAAACACGGGUCUAUCACCAGGCUACAAGCACUACACACCGCAAUACAACCUAGAGGACCUUGUACAUGAUAUCAAAGCACACCUAGGAGAGAGCGGCGGCAUUUCUUCAGCAGACGUGGAUAACGAAUACCUCAUUUCUCUGGCAAAGAAAUACAUCUCAGACCCAAACGACUGGGCCCGCUAUUUCUACAACGACCCCAGCAAGGCCUACACCCGCAAUGCAAUUGAGAACAUCAACCAGAAGGCAAAUAUUCUCCUCCUCGUCUGGAACCCCGGGAAAGGCUCCCCCAUCCACGACCAUGCCAAUGCCCAUUGCAUCAUGAAGAUCUUGGCUGGCACAUUGCAAGAGACUGUCUAUGACAUCCCCGAUCAGGGGUCGGAUUGUCCGGGUCCUUUGGAUAUCAAGUCUGAUUCGAGGCAUACGAUGAACGACGUCGCUUAUAUCUCUGAUGAUAUUGGCUUGCAUCGGGUUUAUAACCCGAGUAGUGACCAAGUUGCUGUUUCUCUUCACUUGUACACUCCUCCCAAUGCUGCCGACUAUGGGUACAACAUCUACAAUGAGAAAACAGGCAAGGCGAGUUUCGUACCCCAGGCUCAUUCUGUUCCGCAGAAAGAAUGA